AUGGCGGCGGCGGCGCGGCGGGCACAGCUGGUGCUGGGGCACUUGGCCGGGGCCGCGCCGGGCCCGGGGGCCGCGCCCAGGGCCGUGCCGUGCUCCGGGGGCCCCCCGCGGGCCGGCAGCCCCGACGAUGUGGUGGUGGUGCACGGCCGCAGGACCGCCAUCGGCCGCGCCCGCCGCGGCGGCUUCAAGGACACAACACCUGAUGAGCUGCUGGCUGCUGUGAUGACAGCUGUCCUUCAGGAUGUCAACCUCCGUCCUGAGGUGCUGGGAGACAUCUGUGUGGGGAAUGUGCUGCAGCCUGGAGCUGGUGCCUUGAUUGCAAGAGUUGCACAGUUUCUAAGUGGCAUUCCAGAGACAGUGCCGUGCUCCAGUGUGAACAGGCAGUGCUCCUCCGGGCUGCAGGCCAUUAUCAACAUAGCUGGUGGCAUCCGAAAUGGAUCCUAUGACAUUGGCUUGGCCUGUGGAGUGGAAACAAUGUCCCUCAGAAGUGCAAAUAACCCUGGUGAUAUCAGUUCCAGCAUGAUGGAUAACCCCAAAGCUCGAGAUUGCCUUAUUCCUAUGGGAAUAACCUCAGAAAAUGUGGCAGAGAAGUUUGGAGUUUCCCGGAAGAAGCAAGAUGCCUUUGCCUUGGCUUCCCAACAAAAAGCAGCAAAAGCUCAGCAGAUGGGACUGUUUAAAACAGAGAUUGUUCCAGUGAAGACCACUGUUGCAGAUAAUGAGGGCAACAAAAAAACAAUCACUGUGCACCAAGAUGAAGGGAUCAGACCCUCCACAACACUGGAAGGCUUGGCAAAGCUGAAACCUGCCUUCAAAGAGGAUGGAAGCACUACAGCAGGGAAUGCCAGCCAGGUCAGUGAUGGAGCAGCUGCUGUUCUCCUGGCAAAACGUUCCAAGGCAGCACAGCUGGGCCUGCCAGUGCUGGGGGUGCUGAGGUCCUUUGCUGUGGUGGGAGUGCCACCUGAUGUGAUGGGCAUAGGGCCAGCCUAUGCCAUCCCUGUUGCUGUGGAAAAGGCAGGUCUGACUCUGAAUGACAUUGAUAUAUAUGAAAUUAAUGAAGCCUUUGCAAGCCAGGCUGUGUACUGUGUUGAGAAGCUGGGCAUUCCCAUGGAGAAGGUGAACCCCCUGGGAGGAGCCAUAGCCCUGGGACACCCCCUGGGCUGCACCGGGGCUCGGCAGGUCGUCACUCUGCUCCAUGAACUGAAGCGCAGAGGGAAGAGAGCAUAUGGAGUCGUGUCCAUGUGCAUUGGAACCGGCAUGGGAGCUGCAGCCGUGUUCGAGUACCCGGGGAAGUGAAGUGAGCUCCAGUGCUGACACAACACCACCACAGCUCCCUCUCUGCCUUCCCAAGGCCUGGCAAGUGAUUGCCACUGAAAUCAAGUGGGUUCUGGGAUUUGUUACUAGAUCUACAAAUUUUAGGCAGAAAUUGUGAAGUAGAAUUAAUGGUGCAGUUCUGCAAAGAAGGUGAGGAAAUGCAGAACUGGCACAUGGCUUCCUGACAUAACUAAUUAGCUCAGCUGAAAUUCAACUACAGCCCCUGGUGUGAUGAUUAUGAAUGAUGUGGUGAUUAUUUUAAAUUUAAUUGAUCUUUUUACUCUGUGAAUAUUACCAAAGGGUAAUAGUUCAUGGGACAGUAUUUUUGUGUGACAAAUUGGCAAAAAGAGUCAUUCAAAACAAAGACAUCAGUCCACGUGAAAAGAGUUUUCCAGCAUUUCCUUAAAAGGUUUCACCAUUUUGUAAGAAGUUUAAAAGAGCUUGUUUUGAAGCAAAGACUUGACAUCCUUGCCUUUACAACUGUGUCAGAAGUUGUCUGUGUGUUAAAUUGUCCCUACACUGGAGGAUGGGCUGUAGCUUGCUGCUGGUGGAGCUGCUCUGAAGCGUCUCUCCAGUGGGACAAAGUGGAAGGACUGAACAUAAUUUCCACAGGAAAUGCCUGAAUGGAAAGGUUCUGGUGAAUUGCUAGAAGCCAGGAUUGGAUGUGGCCAUUCCUUCUUUUACAUGUCUGAGUGUCAGUUGUGUGAGUCCAAAGACAAUCUUGUGUUUAAUCAUAUUUACCUACCUAACAUAAAGCAAAUGGCAGCAUUACAUUUACUGCAAGCACUACAUGAACAUCAGUGACAGCUCAGCCCUUCAGUGCUAAUACAAACAUGUUCUGUCUUGUGUCUUUUGUCAUCCCUUAUUUCUUCUCUUGUCUGAACAGAAAGAUCACUGAAACUCAGCUCGAAAAAGAAAUUUACUCAUUGCUGCUUUGAAUUUGUAACAAACUGAAGUUCUUUGUCCUGACUUUUUGCACUUAAUAAUACAAUUGGGUUCUUGCAAUACAAUUGUUUCCUUUUUAUGAUGAUUUUGAGUUGAAGGUCAUGAUGAGUUAGAGCUCUCUGAUAUUUUCACAAUCCCAUGCUGAAACCUGUCUCACCCAGCAAUCACACAGACCCUUAGAGCCAAAAAACUGAAUUAUUUAGAGGGAAUAAUGAGCCAUUUAUAAAAGCCUUUUAUUUAGUGGAAGUGGAAAAUUUAACAAACUCAGAAGUGGGAAUUCCAGUGACCUUUAGCUAAAAUAAUACUAAAAUAGUUUAAAGAGAAGUGAGAGUAAAUGGGAACCAUGUGGGGGGAAAGAAUGAAAUUGAAGAAGGGUUCCUCCCUCUGUUGCUGAAGGGGAUGUUCUCAAGGCCCAAGCAUGAUGAAACACACAGGUUGGUAAUUUUCCAAGGAGACCAGGGAAAGUUCUCGCUUCCCUUUUUCAUGUAAGGCACUGAGAAAAGAGCCUGGGAAAUGCUGGCCUAUUCAUCAAUUCUUGUUUUAUUAUGUGCCAAUGUCCAUUUUAAUGUCAAACAAAUAAAUGAGGCAAAACAAAAGCUA